CUUUUGAAACUAACGCAAACAAAACAUAGUUCAGCACACAAUUUGGACACUAAGUUUAAAAAUUUUUGUGAUUCGUAACUUCGUAAAUAAAAUUCAGUUAAAAAAUGUUCAAAAUUCGCAACUUUGCGCUCUUGAAACUGAGUGAAGGCGUUUUCGGCCCGCGUCUAAUGUCCAAAUCUUCGAAAGAUUCGGGCAAGGAUUCUUGCAAGGGUGGCGAUUCCGCAAAGGGGAAAGACAAGAAGAAGAAGGAUCUCUGUGGCAGAACUAUUGUUCCCACUUCGCCACGUUGCAAAAACAAGCCCGGCGGUUCAGACAAGUCCAAAUCCUCCAAAGAUGAUUGCAAGAAAAAUUAGCAGAGCUCGAAUUAUGAUUUCAAAAUCAUAGCAGGCCUUGCAACAACUUUCAA